CGGAUUCAGUUUAUACCCAGCAUUCGAAUCGGACAUACACUGAACAUUUCGAUUAAAAAACGAUGCCAGUUUUGAAACUUUAUACUUUCUACACCAAGUUCUUUCCAUCCGCCAAAGUGCGUCGCAAGGAGUUGCGGCGCAGGUGGUACUUGUUGAAGUUCCGACGGAAGCUACAACUCCGUAGUGAGCUCAAAGCCAGGACUAUCUGCAAAUCCGUGCCGUCAAUUGGUAACAGCGAACUGCUCUCGAAGCAUGUGAUCGGUAGCUUUCGACUGCAAUUGCAGUGCGAUUCGAACUCGAAACGGCUUGAGAUCACGGCCACACUGGCGAAUCCCGUAGUGCCGCCGGAUACGGAUCCCGCACCGGAGGAUGAGCAGCUCUACGAACUGUACAUCUGCAGUAGCCAGGGCCAAUUGCUGGGCAAGGUUCCGUUCACGGAGAGCGACUACCGACGUGCAGCCCGCACGGCCAUCGAUUGCAUGACCAUCUAGAAACGUUUUUGCCAUUUUAAAAUCCCCUUUGUUGUGCAUUCCCUUUGACAUGGAAGAGGAGGAGGAGGAGGAGGAGGUGGAAUAUUUUUCAUCCUGGGAACGGCCAAAUGACAGCCAAUACUUGCGAUGGGCCACUAUAUGCUGAACGGACCUUCGAGUAUCGAUUACCUGUUACGACUCCAUUUUCAUAACUCCUGCUGCUUUGUGGCAAAUGGUAAAAAGCUGCGAAGAGCUGUAUAACGAUAUUUGGACCUUUAUAAAUUUAAAGUAAAUUCAUUAAAUAAUUUGAAGUCGCUUA